AUGUCAAGUGACAAAUUUCCAGCCUGUCCCUGCAGCUCAGACUCGCUGUGGGAGCUGGCGGCGGCGGAGGGCCGGGCUGAGGAGCAGCUCCGGGGGGAGACUCUCGCCGAGAGGACCGUGGUCCUCACAGGGAGCAAGGCCGGGGGUAAGACGUCCAUACUCCUCAGGUGUCUCGACAGAGAUGAACCACCUAAACCCACUCUGGCCCUGGAGUACACGUUUGGCAGACGAGCCAGAGGACACAACACACCUAAAGACAUAGCCCACUUAUGGGAGCUGGGAGGAGGGACUUCUUUGUCAGACCUGGUCCAGAUACCCAUUACGCCUCUAAGCAUCAGGUCUCUUUCUGUCAUCCUCAUUCUGGACCUGUCUAAACCCAAUGCUCUCUGGGCAACUAUGGAAAAGCUGCUGCAGGCAACACAUGCUCAGCUGGACAAAGUCUCUUCCCAAGGACAGCAGAGGUCUAAACUUGGAGCCAAACACCAGACACCUGUUCACUCAGCAGCCCGUGUCUUACCAAAAGACUACCCUGACAGAGAGCUGAUCAGUCCAUUUCCAGUUCCUCUGCUCAUCAUUGGCAGCAAAUAUGACCUCUUUCAGGAAUUUGACUCUGAUAAGAAGAAGGUAGUUUGUAAAACAUUGCGUUUUAUUGCCCACUACUAUGCAGCUUCUCUCAUUUUCACAAGUAUGAAAUCAGAGUCCCUAGUGUCUAAAACUAAGAAGCUGUUCUGUCAUCUGGCAUUUGGUCUGGACAGAGGGAAAACUGUUUCCUGCGACCCCACCAAGCCUCUCAUGGUUCCAGCAGGCUCCGACUCUUUCAGUCAAAUAGGUUCCCCUCCUACUACAGAUGUGGACAUAACUUCUUUGCAUGCUAAAAAUCCAAAGGACCUCUGGAAAAAAGUGUACGAGCACGUCUUUCCCCAGGAGAGGGCCGAUGAACAGAAAGAACUAAAAGAUCCAAGCAGAGACCCUCAGUACAGUGAGCCUCAGAUUGAUGCUAUGAGAGCCCAGAAAGACCAGGAGUUGGAGCAGUAUAAGAGGAAUGCAGCAAAAUCAUGGAAAGGACUGGAGCUGGAGACAUGAGAGAUAACUUUAUUGGACACAAACAACACUUAAUAAUGUACAUACAAUGUACAAUUUAUAUUAUUUAUUUGUCAUCUUUGUAUUUCAUGCAACCAACAAUUAACUCAGAU